AUGAUAGCAUAUAGUGAUAAAGGAAGCUCCUCUUUGGGACAUAGUGAAUUAUUCCGAAUGUCGGGUCAGUCGGGCUAUCUGGCCGGCCCUCAGGCUAGUGCUCUCCGGAUGUUGUACCCGCAGCUGGCGUAUGCCGGCUACCCGGGAAACUUGGCGGCGCUCGCGCUCGCUUCACAUGGACAGUACCCGUACGAAUACGCACAGACGCUCGCAUCUCAGAUGAACUUUGCCAUGGACACUGCAGGGCUAGCUGCCCGGAAGUCCAUGACGCUCUCACCCAACAGUUCUAUCUCGGACGGCAAGGAUGACAGAUACCUCAACAAAGAUGAUAGUGACAGCGAGUGUAGCGAGGGGGCGGCGGGGAAGAGGCGGCGAACGCGAACCAAUUUCACGGGCUGGCAGCUGGAGGAGCUCGAGCGCGCCUUCCAAGAGUCCCACUACCCGGACGUCUUCAUGAGGGAGGCGCUUGCCAUGCGCCUGGAUCUUGUUGAAUCCAGAGUACAGGUAUGGUUCCAAAACCGACGCGCAAAAUUCCGUAAGCGUGAUAAUACAAAGAAGGGUCCCGGCCGGCCUGCACACAACGCGCACCCACAGACGUGCAGCGGGGAACCAAUGAACCAAGAGGAAAUCCAACGCCGGGAACAGGAGCGUCUUGAGAAGAAACGCCGCAAACAAGAAGACCGCUUGCGCAAAAUGGAAGAAAAGCGAAAACUUCUGAACCCAAACGAUGUGGAAGGUAACCGAAAGUUACAGGAGGAAUAUGACAAUGAAAUGAAUGCGCUUGACUCUGUAAGUGACACUAAUGACUGUGACCAGAAAUUGGACGAUGAAUCAGACGUAGACGUUGUCGAAGAUCGAAAGAUCGGCUGUGCUUUUAGUAUUGACCGGCUGCUUGAGGAGCCGCGAGUUCCCAGGGGCCGCAGACCUAAUUGCAAAUACCCGCGGGUCCAGGCCAGCAAAUCCUUCCCCCAGCUCGGGGUGGGCAUGGCACCCCUGUUCCCGGUCACACAACCUAUUGGAUUUGUUGUGGAACAGAGGCAGGAUGAAUUUAAGUCCGAUAUAGACAAUAUGGACCUCAGCUCUUUCUCAGACGAGGGCGUCCAGUCCAUGGCGCCCAAAUCAGAUUUGCAAUACACACACCCAGUCCUGGACGAGAGUGGACACUCCGACCGUCAGUCCUCCGACUCCGAUGACGACAUUGACGUCACAGACGAGGAGGGGAGCUCGUGAAUGUAUUCUUAUCCAGAAAUGACUUCACAAUCCUACAAAACAUGACCCACCUUUCUUUCCUGCAAUAUCACAUAUUGUUCGUGUUAGUGUAUGUGUUCUCCUGACAAACUUCUCUGUUUUAUAAUGACUAAUGUGCAUUCAAUUUUAGUCAAAACUAUUACCUCACCCAAUAUUAUGUUCAUUAUAUUUCUGUUUUAAUUUUUGUUUAAUAUUGUUUUAACAUGUACACAGCCCUUGUUAAAGUGUAUUUACGAAUCUUGUUAAAAGUUGUUGUUAUAUAUAGUGUUGUUAGAUCUAUGUUAACGAUGACGGAAUACAAUAAAAAAUACAAAUUAUA